AUGUCAUCAUCCACAGGAAUCUUCUGUGAAGACUAUGACAUGCUGUUGCCCCUUGGUGAGGGUCACUUUGCCAAGGUGGUACUCACUGAACAUGUGAGCACAGGGAUGCUGGUAGCUGUGAAGGUACUUCAAAAGGACAAGUUGAGGCCUACUGCUGUUAGACGGGAGGUCAGCAUCCUAAAGGACCUUCAGCACCCCAAUAUCAUUGAGUUGCUGGAAGUCUCAGAAAAUAGUACCACUAUGUUCCUGGUAAUGGAGUAUGCACGCGGGAAAGACCUGCAGCGAUUUAUCAAGUGUGCUGAGAGACAGAAGCUGCGGGAGGAAAGGGCCCGGCAGAUAUUCCGAGAACUCCUGGAGGCUGUGCAGUACUGCCAUGACAGAGGCAUCAUCCAUGGGGACCUGAAACCGGCAAACAUAUUAAUGGACCGUGAAGGCCACCCCAAGCUCAGCGAUUUUGGCUUGGCUUUCAGGUUCCUUCCUGGCCAUUAGGUGACCGCGUGUGGAGGCACCCGACAGUAUUCUGCCCCGGAGUUAUUCUUACAAAAGAAAUACCAAGGCCCACCACUGGACAUUUGGUCUUUAGGGGUAAUUUUAUUUGAAAUGGUCGCUGGGGUACGCCCAUUUAGUGGGAGCAAAACAGAAUUGACGAAGAAUGCCCUAAAGAGGCGAUACCAGUUUCCCCAGCACUUCUCCAAAGAGGUGCAAAGCUUAAUCAAGGGGCUUCUCAACCCUGACCCAAGCAUGCGCCCUACCUUGGAGCAAGUAAGGCAGCAUCCAUGGCUUCAGCUUGAAUCUGUCCCUUGUCAUCCUCCUCAACUGCUCCCCAAAGCCACAGAAAGGGCAAUACUGGACAUUAUGGAUGGGAAGGGGUACAACCCGCUGAAGGUGAUUAUACGGCGCCGCGGGCAACAAAAGACGUAA